GCAACCGCCACCGCGCUGCGCAGCUGAUCGGCAGCUCAGCUCUCGCCUCUCGCCGUUUAUAAAACCCCGGUCGUGCGGCUCGCCACAAAAACAAGUCCAAUCUCCUCCCCCAGCGGCACCGGACCGUGUCCGCCCUUCGUCUCCCACCUCCCUCCGUUUUCGGCAUUCCGUGCUCCCGCUGGCGAGGGAUCGAGUGGGGAGGGAACCCGUGAGGAGAUGGGCCUCGUCGGGCCCCGGCGGGGCGUCCCCGGCGGCGCCGUCGUCUUCGCCACCGCGGUGGCCCUGAUACAGAUAGUUUUUCUUGUACAUCCCACAAGCGCACAGCAAUCACCAAGGGUGGUACCUGCAGAAGGGUACUGUUCCAUGUAUGGAAUUUGUGCAAAUCGAACUGAUGGGAAAGUCUUAAACUGUGUGAAUGCAACAAAAGCUGUUAAGCCAGAUACUUUGUUUUCCACAAGGAUCCAGAGUUUGUGCCCCACUAUUACUGGUGAUGUCUGUUGUACUGUUGAUCAGUUCGACACAUUACACCAACAAGUCCAACAGGCUGUCCCAUUUCUUGUUGGAUGCCCAGCUUGCUUGAGGAAUUUCUUGAAUCUCUUUUGUGAAAUGUCUUGUUCCCCAAACCAAAGCCUCUUCAUUAACGUGACUUCAGCAAAACAGGUUAAGAACAUUACAACUGUUGAUGGUAUAGAUUACUACAUAACAAGCAACUAUGGUGAAGAGUUAUACAACUCUUGUAAGGAAGUUAAGUUUGGCACUCUGAACACACGCGCAAUGGAUUUUCUUGGUGGAGGUGCUAAAACUUACAAAGAGUGGUUGGCAUUUCUUGGGCGUCAGGCAAAUCCCAAUGAGCCUGGGUCACCUUAUUUGAUAACAUACCGACCUGAUUUGAGUGGUUCAUCUGGGGUGAAGCCACUAAAUACUACAGUUUAUUCUUGUGGAGAUCCAUCUUUGGGCUGCUCAUGUGGGGAUUGUCCUUCUUCUUCAGUUUGCAUGGGAUCCUUGUUGCCUCAGUCGAUGACUGAAACUUCCUGUUCAGUCAAAAUGGGUUCUCUAAAGGCCGGAUGCUUGGACUUCUCACUAGCGGUUGUGUACAUUGUGUUUUUGUGUGCAAUUUUAUUGUGGGGCUUAUUAUACAGAACACGAGGAAGAACAGGCUUCCCCUCACAAACAAAACCACCAAAGAAUGCUGAUGAUAAGUUGCAUUCAAACAACAAUGGCAAUGUUCCUGAAAACUCUGUUCAGGUGCCCAAAGCUGCAUCAUCUUCUAUUGUCCAAACUUACAUGUCAACCUUCUUUAGGAGGCAUGGAGUUUUUGUUACUAGACACCCGCUUCUUGUGUUAUGUGCAUCCUUACUUGUCCCUAUCCUAUUAUGCAUUGGUCUUAUCCGUUUCAAGGUGGAAACAAGACCGGAAAAGCUUUGGGUUAGCCCUGGAAGUCAGACUGCCUAUGAAAAGCAAUAUUUUGACAGUCAUCUUGCACCAUUUUAUAGGAUUGAGCAGCUUGUAUUAGCCACUUCAGCGUCUGGCCAGCUUGAAGCUCCUACAAUAGUAAAUGAUAACAAUUUCAAAUUGCUAUUUCAGAUUCAGAAAAAGAUUGAUGAUCUGCGUGCCAAUUAUUCUGGAUCGACAGUAUCGCUUGCUGAUAUCUGCCUAAAGCCACUCAGUACAGAUUGUGCUACCCAAAGUGUUUUGCAGUAUUUCCAGCUGGAUCCUAAAAAGCAUGAUGAUUUAGGUAUAGAUCAUGCUAAAUUUUGCUUUGAGCAUUACAGUUCUGAAGAGACAUGUUUGAGCACUUUUCAAUCACCUAUUGACCCUAGUACAAUAUUAGGUGGUUUUCCAGGUAGCAAUUUUACCGAGGCUUCUGCAUUUGUAAUAACAUAUCCCGUGAACAACAAGGUUGAGACAACAGGACAAGAGAAUGGAAAGGCUAUGGCUUGGGAAAGGGCAUAUAUUAAUCUUGUUAAGGAAGAAAUACUGCCGAUGGUACUAGCACAGAACCUUACAUUAUCCUUUUCAUCCGAGAGCUCUAUUAAAGAUGAAUUAAACAGAGAGAGUACAGCUGACGCAAUUACAAUAGUGAUAAGCUAUAUUGUGAUGUUUGCGUACAUAUCAUUCACACUUGGAGACCGUCCUUCUCGUUUGUGGGCAUUAUUUGUCUCAUCAAAGGUACUGCUUGGCUUAUCUGGGGUUGUCCUAGUGAUGCUUUCAGUUUUAGGAUCAAUGGCAUUCUUUAGUGCUGUUGGAGUGAAGUCGACUUUAAUCAUAAUGGAAGUAAUUCCUUUUCUUGUGCUGGCGGUCGGUGUGGACAACAUGUGUAUCCUUGUGCAUGCUGUCAAGCGACAACCAGAUGGGAUAGUAUUGGAAGAACGCAUAAGUAAUGCAUUGGUGGAAGUUGGGCCAUCCAUUACGUUAGCCAGUUUGGCUGAAGUUUUAGCUUUUUCUGUCAGUGCAAUCAAUCCAAUGCCUGCCACCAGAGCAUUUUCUAUGUUUGCCGCAAUGGCAGUUCUUCUGGAUUUCCUUCUCCAAGUGACAGCCUUCGUAGCCCUUAUUGUAUAUGAUUUUAGGAGGGCAGAAGAUGGCAGGAUUGAUUGUGUUCCUUGUGCAAGACUUAAAUCGAGCACUGUUGCUGGCGACAAUGGUGGCCACCAGCGGCUUCACUUUGUUGCACGCUAUAUGAAGGAUAUUCAUGGGCCAAUCCUCGGUUACCGACCAGUGAAGUUUAUCGUGAUUGCUGUAUUUGUUGGAUUAGCAUUUGCAAGCAUUGCAAUGUCAACUAGACUACAACCCGGAUUGGAGCAGAAAAUCGUUCUUCCACGAGAUUCGUAUUUACAGGGUUACUUUGACGACCUUGAGAAGUAUAUGAAAGUUGGACCGCCACUGUAUUUUGUUGUGAAGAACUUCAAUUACAGCUCUGCAUCGGAAAAUACUAAUCAGAUAUGUUCCAUCAACCAGUGUAAUUCAAACUCUCUUCUGAAUGAGAUAGCAAGACAAUCUUUAUCUCCUGAAACAAGUUACAUAGCAAAACCUGCUGCCUCAUGGCUUGAUGACUUCCUAAUAUGGAUGUCUCCCGAAGCAUUUGGAUGCUGUCGAAAAUUUGUUAAUGGAAAUUAUUGCCCUCCAGAUGAUCAGCCUCCUUGCUGUCAACUCGAUCAAGAUUCAGGUUCAUGCAGUUCAAAUGGAGCGUGCAAUAAUUGUACAACGUGUUUCCUACAUUCGGACUUACACAAUGGGCGUCCAUCCACAACGCAAUUUAAAGAGAAACUUCCAUGGUUUCUGGAUGCACUACCAUCAAGUGACUGUUCUAAAGGGGGAAAAGGAGCUUAUUCUACAAGUUUGGACCUCAGUGGUUAUGAAAAUGGCAAUAUACAAGCAUCAGCAUUCCGUACAUACCAUACUCCCCUUAAUAAACAGACUGACUAUGUUAACUCAUUGAGAGCUGCUCGGGACUUCAGUUCUCAAAUGUCCAAAGAUUUACAGAUGGAAAUUUUCCCAUAUUCAGUGUUCCAUAUAUUUUUUGAGCAAUACCUCAGCGUAUGGAAGACAGCCAUCAUGAAUAUAUGUGUUUGCCUUGGUGCAGUAUUUGUUGUUUGUUUAGUAGUCACCAGCAGUUUGUGGGCUUCAGCAAUCAUUUUGAUUGUUCUGGCCAUGAUAGUCUUGGAUCUGAUGGGAGUGAUGGCUGUCCUUGGAAUUCAGCUCAAUGCAAUAUCUAUUGUAAACCUUGUUAUGUCGAUAGGAAUUGCUGUUGAAUUCUGUGUUCAUAUCACACACGCCUUUAUGAUAGGCAUCGGGGAUAGAGAAAACCGUGUAAGGCAGGCUCUAUCGACGAUGGGUGCUUCUGUAUUCAGUGGAAUUACCUUGACCAAACUUGUAGGAGUUAUUGUCCUUCGUUUUGCAAAAUCUGAAGUUUUUGUGGUGUAUUACUUCCAAAUGUACCUGGCACUCGUCCUCAUUGGCUUUCUGCAUGGGCUUAUCUUCCUACCGGUUGUGUUGAGUCUGUGUGGCCCUCCUCAAAAAACCAUGAAACCGAUUGAACAAAGUCAGACUCCGCCUUCAAAUGAGCAAACUUGAUUAGUACAUAAUAUUCAGGGAUUAUUACAAAGCAUUUCAGUGUACAUAUCCAUCUGUUACCCCGGUGCUGGAGGAGCUGUGAGGGUGUAGAUCAUUUAUAGAGGCGGAGUAAUCUCUAUAGAAAGAUAGGCUGUACAUUAGUUAAGUUUACUGAACUAGUACUAGUUUAGUUGAUAUCGCCGCGAGGAGAAGGAAGCGUGAGCUACUACUGGCAGUUCCAUGGUUUCUGUUUUGUAUUUGUUUCAUGCGAGAAACCAAUGUCAUAUUUGGUGCCAAUCAGCUAUGGUUUGGUCGCUUCAGUUGCUUUAUUCCAGCCAUGAUGUGCUUGCGUGUA